GAGCAUUGCUUGGAAGCUCGUUGAAUCUUGCUUUGAACUCUACAGUUUCUACAGUGGACGAACACUUACUGAACUGAACGACUUCGUCCCUGACAUGAAACUAUAGCCUGCCAUUCUCUAAAAAUGAACUGCUCAAUGCUACGUGCCGCUUCGCGCCCACUCCAAACACUCCGCAGAUCCGCCAACGUGCGGACGACGUCCUUCCCGCUUCAGAAUUGCCGAUGGGCGUCUUCGGCGGUCUUCAACUGGGAGGAUCCAUUGGCGGCGUCGGAGUUGUUUACGGAGGAGGAAUUGGCGAUUCAGGAUACAGCGAGGCAGUAUUGUCAGGAGCGUUUGCUGCCGAGAGUACUUGAGGCUUACCGAAAUGAAGACUACGAUCGCAAUAUACUCUUGGAAAUGGGGGAGAUUGGACUACUAGGCGCCUCAAUCCACGGCUAUGGAUGCGCUGGCGCGAGCACCGUUGCGUCAGGCCUGAUUACGAAAGAAGUCGAGCGCGUGGAUUCGGGAUAUCGGUCGGGAAUGUCCGUUCAAAGCUCGCUUAUAAUGACGGGAAUCUACGAAUUCGGGACACAAGAGCAAAAAGACAGAUUCUUACCGCAGCUCGCAAAGGGCAAGUUGCUGGGCUGUUUCGGUCUGACAGAGCCGAAUCAUGGAUCUGACCCUGGAUCAAUGGAGACUGUUGCGCGGGAGCAUCCGACAAGGAAAGGGUACUAUUCACUAUCAGGCACAAAGACGUGGAUCACGAAUUCACCGAUUUCCGAUGUUCUGCUUGUGUGGGCGAAGUUGGAGAGUACGGGGAAGAUCAAGGGCUUUUUGGUGGAGCGGAGCAAGUGCCCGCCAGGAACGCUGGAGACACCGGCGAUUAAGAACAAGACUGCGCUGAGAGCAUCAAUCACAGGUUUAAUUCAGCUGGACGAGUGCCCCGUGCCGGUUGAGAAUAUGUUUCCAGAUGUGGAGGGUUUGGCUGGCCCGUUCACCUGCCUCAACAGUGCGAGAUUGGGGAUUGCCUAUGGUGUCACGGGCGCGUUAGAGGAUGCGCUCAGUCGGGCGAGGGAGUAUGCGUUGGAGAGAAAGCAGUUCAAAGGGAACCCGUUGGCCAAAUACCAACUUAUCCAGAAGAAGCUGGCUGAUGCCGCCACCGACGCUGCAUAUGGUACGCUGGCUGCCACCCAGGUGUCUCGCUUGAAGGACGCCGGAAAGUCCGCGCCAGAAAUGAUCUCCAUGGUCAAGCGACAGAAUUGCGACAGGGCGUUGGCGAAUGCGAGGACACUGCAAGAAAUAUUUGGCGGCAACGCCACGAGCGACGAGUACCAUAUCGGGCGACACGUAGCGAAUCUAUUUGUCACGCAGACGUAUGAAGGGCAAAGCGAUAUUCACUCUCUUAUUCUCGGCCGGGCGAUUACCGGCAUUCAGGCAUUUGUCUGAGCGGGAAGGUAAAUAAAUAGUAUAAUGCAUCAUUGUAAGAGUUGUUGAUAUAAAAAAAUGUCUACAUUGUCUUUACAAUAAAAUGUCUGUUCGGCACGUAAAGAAGAUGGCCA